UAUUUAAAGACAAAGCUUUGUGUUAUUAUUAGUUAUCAGUAUCAACGUUUCAGCUUCUUCUCUUUACAUUUUUUCUUUUGCUCUAUUUUAACCAUUUUUGAUUGUUUUUUUUUUUGGGUUUAAGUUUAUUCUACAAUGUGCCGCGGGCCAAUAAAAAACAAGCUGUCAGUCGUAAAUGCCCCUCAGGCCGCACUUUGGACACCCCUGUGUUAACUAAAUCAAACCGAUGCGGAAAAACAACAAAAAGGCUUUCAGAGGUUUUCCGGAUUUUUUCGUGGGUGUUUUUUUUAAAGCUCAUAGAGUGCUAAAAUUUGACGUGCUCAAACUGAUCCCCAUUGUUUCAUGGCUAAUUGCUUAACUCAUGCGACAACACCUUCACAUAGUUCUGUGGUCGAACAGCUGCAAUGAACACCUAGAAUAGAAAAAACUAACACAGGCCAAAUCAUAACCAGCCGUCGGUGAACAUUUAUACGUUUAUAGAUAUUAAGAUGUCUGCUGAAGACUGUCAGAUGUGACAAAAGCACGUUUCAUCACCGUCCUUCAGUGGAAGAAUACAAGAAAAUAGAUCCCUAAUGAUUAACUGCAAACGGCCGGCAGGAAUUUUACAAAGUGAUUGUAAAAAUCCUGUCAGCUGUAGGAGGUCAGGAAAAGUCAAACCACUUCUGUCUCCCGUCAAACUUUUCUUUUGCAUAAGAAUCAAAUGUGUCUGAACAUGCUGACUUGAUCAGGCGUGCGCUCACUGUCACGUCCGACACGAUUUUACACACACACGCCAAUACACGUCCGCCUUGCUGCCUGUGUAAACAUCAUUUUAGAGUAAAGAAACUUAAAACCAAACAAUUACAUCAUCACCGGCCUCUCCGCACAAUGAGCCUUACAUAAGCUUAUUUAUGUAAUAUCUUAAUCCACACUAUCGGCGACGCAGGGGAGGGAGCGGGCAUUAAUCGGGGGUGGACUCGCAGCAUCAGCAGCAUGGACGAAAAUGGACUAAAACAAGCCUAUAAUAUGAUACUGUGAAGUCAGUCACAAACCAGUCGAACUUUAUUUGCAUGGCAGCUUUCAUGAGCAAAACAGUGCAACCUUUCAUUUCAAAAGUUUUCAUUUCAAAACAAUUUUCUUCCAAUUUCAACGUCAGCGUGCUAUCCGGGCAGUGUAGAAUACGACACAUCAUCACAGCGUCUUUGAAUGCGCCUUCUGAAUGCCCUAGAUAUGUAUUUUGGUUCAUUUAGCCAUUUUUAUGCUUGAAAAUCCUUCAUCCUUCCAAAAAUAUGUCCAAUUUCCUUCAAUACGCAUAUUUUUGACUAUUAAUAGGUCGUAUUCAACCACGAAACAGCAUGAUUUAUUCAUUAAUAUAUAUUUUUUAAAACACGUGAUCGAGUAAGCCACAAAAUUCGAACGCGAAGUGGUGACGGACGACUGUAUAAGAAACCGAAAUUACAGCAAAACAAACUACACUUUGAGGAUACCUGAAGGACAUGUAAUGGAGAGGGAACAGACUGGUGUUUGCCGUGUGAUACUGUCACCUUGUGGCCUUUAAUAAGUAUUGUUGAUCAGUGCAGUUGAAAUGUGCUGUUUGUUGGCAUGCAAGUGUUUAUUAACGCUUGUGCUUUCGGCUACGCGCUGUUGACUUUAGUAUCUACAUGGUAAAAGUCAUUCGUACAUGUAAUUGGUAUUUCAGUGCUUUUCCGGCUCUGUGGUUAUCGCCACACUUUUCCCAUCACUGGUCAAAACACAUCCAGAAAGCCAAAUAACAAGCAAAGCACACUUGUAAAGUUAAUACUUUAGCUGAGGGGUCCCAAACCACCGGGCCCGGCCCCAGUACCGAUCCGUGGGCGGGGCCGAACUGGGUCAAGGAAACCUUUCAGAAAAAAAACACACACACACACAAAAAUAAUUUUGUAAAUAACUAAAUACAAUUUUAAGUAAAUUCAUAUCAAUUUUGGAAAUAUGGGCCAUUAUUUUAUUUAAAAAAUAAUACAGUUUGAAGUUUUUUCAAGUUUAUGUUGGUUGUUGCGAGUGUCCAACUUUGUUUGACAGUCCUUGAACGCAUCAUUGUACGUGCGCUAGCCUUCUCUCACUCUGCACAGAUUGGCAACUAUACUGUAUUUUUAUCGGGUUUUUUUUCACUUCAUAUUUGCUCUCAAUUGCAGAUACUCUGUGGGAAUGCAUAAAGGUAAAGUCUGAUGACGUUAUUGAGUGCUAAUGUUUAUAUUUGUUGUGUGCACAGCUUCAAGUUAAUUCAUGCUAGCACACUGCCUGUGAGCAAACACAUCAAGCAGUGGCGCUCUAAUCUUCUCUCUGAAUAACAAACUCCAAGCUUAUAGUAGUGGAUGGUGGAUCUGUAUUCACUUUGUGCUUUUCAUUUGAUGUUGUUCCUGUCUUAGUUUUACACAAUACAUACUAAAUGAGAUAAAUUACCUCGCUAUACGACCCCCACCACCACCACCACCCCCCCGGUCCGCGGAGAUUUGUGGGAACACGAGCCGUGCCGUGGGUCCAAAAAGGUUGUGGACCAUUGCUUUAGAUGCUACUGAGCUCACCAGAUUUUCUGAUGUGACGCGUGAUGAUGGUUUGAACUCUCAGCAAAUUUUGAGGCAGAUUUUUCCAGAACGUUUUGGUCGAACUCCAAAUGGUACCACUCUUGGGGCAUUUUGCUGUGUUUUGAGAGCACCUUUCAUAUGUGAAUGCGACACAGAAUGCCUCCCGUUCACACUCAUUUGAGUCCCUCACACUUACUUCACUGAUAUGAGUGCGCACGUUCUGCAUUCAAAAGAAGACUAAAACAGGACUGAAACAAGGCAAAUGUGAGUAAAAAUCAGGUACCUUCCGUGACAUUCCCGCAAAUAAUGUCCGCUCUUCCUCGUGGUUUCUCAAAAAAUGGUGGGGCACCAUUUUGGCAAGACCAGUUGUUGCUAGGCAGAGUUUGUGGAGCUUGCACUGUUUCAACACAGCAGACAAAGGACGCAAAGAGUUGGCAGGAACCCAGACAGACACACACAUUAAGGACUUGACUCAAAGAAAAAUGCCAGUAUAAGCAAUUGAGUCAUUACUCUGCAUUCAAUAUAAAAUAUGUAUUUGAGAAACACAUCACGUAGCAAGCUUUUUCACCACGGUGCCAUCUGCUGGAUCGCGCCUGCCUCCCUUGCUCCUAACGCAAACACCUCUUGACUGAAUUCUGAUUUCAGCAACCUCAUAUGCCAUCAUGCAUGCUCACUGAGGCAAGAGGAGUAUGAUUUACUUUUUCAACUCAUUUUGAAACCCUCAUUGGCUCUCUGCUGUCAAAAGCAAGGGAACAGGAUUAAGCACUAAGGGGCUAAAGUGUGACUGUGGCCGUGUUGUACUGCCCCAAGACUUCUUUAGACUCACUGAGCAGCCACAGUGGUUUCCUGGGACACCUGAAACACUUGCAGUCAUUGUGCUAAGCUGUGAUUACUGGAGCAAAACAAAGAGUUAUUGCCAAACAAGCUCAUCUGGUUAAAGCAGCUGAAUUGGCCUGAAUACAUUGAAGAGUUACAAGUGACAGUGAGGGGCAUACAGUACCUGUCGACGUUUGCAUUUGAAAAUACAGCAAAUGUUCCUGAAAAUAAAGGAAAUUCUUGUAAACAAUGAGAUUCGUGAGGAAAACAUGUUGAUUUAAAAAGAAAAUGGAAAGGAUGUUUUGAAUGACUGUUAGUCAAGGUACAGCCUAAUCUGCUUCUACUUGUACUUGAUUGGCCCCUCAAAAUAAAAUUACGAAGACAGUUGUCCUUCGCCGCUUCACGGUUCAAAUUGUGCGGCUUCACUCUCUGACAGUUUUUCAAAUAUAUAUGAAUGAAUAAACCAUGCUGUUUUGUUGUUGGAUACGGCUGAUUAUUAGUCAGAAAUAUGCACAUUGAAGCCUAAAUUAAGUGUUUACAAGCAUAAAAAUGGCUAAACAACGUAAAAUGCAAAUAGAAUGUGCUGUAAAUGACAUAUUGCAGUGGUUCCCAAACUUUUCACAGUUGCAUACUCCUUCAGACAUGUACCCCCUACUACAGCACACUUAAAAAACCAAAGCCUUUUUUAAAUCUUCAUUAACUGGAAAUAUUGAACAUGGUUUAUUGGUUAUUUAAUUUGACAGUAAGUAAGUCCUUCUGGUUCAAAAAUGUGUAUUUUGCAUGGUCAAAUUCUGAUUAAAGUUUUGAACUUGAGCACUGAUAAAUAGAUUAAGUAUUCGUCCUACAUAUCUUUUAUUUCAGACGGAUGUUGGGAUCCUUCCGUUUGACUGGGUUGAACUUGAGCUUCACUUUUGCCUGUUUGCAAUUGCUAUGAUUUAAGUCUGCACAUUAAUUUGAUACCAAAUUGAAAGGGAAAGUUGAACAAACAUGAUAAAGCAGCAUCCAAAGUACAAAAAUACAUAUAAGCAGCGAUAAAGCCUCACUUUCGGGGUAAUUCCAACUCUCUCAUCCUGACACGUCAUACAUGAACAGGUUUUCACAGUGCGGGGAUUGGAACACCAAUAUAAAUGAAAUCUUCAAGAUUAAACACUCUUAAUGCACAAUAUAAUCAUCAAACUUACUUACUUGGUCAUAUAACUCACACAGCGCAGUGAAGAACAUUGUGCUCUGUCUCCUUCCUUCUUCCCGCUCUGGCUGUGGGCUCUGCACUGUGAGGCGGUCAGGAACAAUCAGGAAUUGUGAGUGCUGUGCGCUAAUUGUUUUUCAAUUUUGUACAAUUGGUGUACCCCUGGGGAUACGCGUACCCCACUUUGGGAACCUAGGAUAUGUAGUAUUCUACACUGGUCACUAGGUGUCAGUAAUGUUACUGCAGUGUUCGGUGAGACACACAAACGUCAGACUUGGUCGCCGGACCAACAGGCUUUUAUUGCAGGUUUGAAAUACCUCACAACAGGCACAAUAAUCCCCAAUAAAAACACAAACUCAACUCUGAACCCUGAUGUCACUUACUCCUCGCCCGCCACUCAGCUCCCCGAGGGAACACAUUCAUAACAACACACACGAGCACAAGUCUUAUUUAUAUCUUAAAUUGCUUAUUUACUUUUAUUAUGUCUACUGGGUUGAGUAUUACAACAGUAAAGGUGACUAUAGGGGUGUUAGUUCAUGACUAGAGGGGCUUUAAUAAUGUUAAAAAACAUAUUUAGAAGGUUAUAAACAGGUUAAUCCUUUAACUGUGAAAAUAUUCCAUUUAUAAAUAAGGAACCAAUGAACCGCGAUAAACGAGGGAUUACUGUCCAUGUACUGCUACACCCCUAGCAUGCAGUGUAAAUACCACACUGCCCCCUGCCAAUGUGCUGCCCCACUGUCCGAGCAGACUGCUGUUGCUCAAGCGUGGACACCAUCACCAUUUUCACCUGCAGUACUAACAUUUUUUGGGGUUGAAAGUUAAAAUACGGGAAACUAUUUAAACGGGAGGGCCAUGGGAAAGACGGGCAAAACACGGGAGUUUCCCGGAGAAAACGGGAGGGUUGACUGUCAUGCCUUGAAAGAAGACUUGCCUAUUGAAUAUCUACAGUAUUGAUAGCUAGCUAGACAGAUAGAAAACCAUACUUUCAGUGUCCUCCUGUCACACGUAAUGUUUCUUUUUGACAUAUUGAAAUGCCAGGCUAUUUUCAGACGUCACAUGGUCAUUAGUGUCCAUACAGACGAGUAAAUGCUGCCUGAAGCUGAGGCUCUCUGUACUGUACAUUCUGUUCUGCGUUGCUAUUAUUAUGUUUCAGAUCUAUGCCAUGACAUCUGCAUUCCAUUAGGUCUUUCCAAGACGAUGCAAACAUAUGGAUGCUGGUGCUUACGCCCUGUUUCUGCAAGAUGCGUCUCACAUUUACUUAAUGACUUUUGUUCUUCCUUGGAAAACACAGAUGGAUUUUAAACCAUACAUUACAGAAGCUGCUUUCAUGAACUGUAGAUAGAUGUUUCCAAAGCUCAGCUGAUAGCCAGAAGGCCGUCCUCCAAAGUCAGCCCCUGAAUCGGGACACCGCUUCAGAGAAUGGCUGUUGGAACGCAUUCAGUGGACAAUUUACUGAUUUUUAAUGUCGUGGAGCCUCGGCCUCUUCCCCGAAUGUGGACGAUCUUCGUCACCUUGGCAACGCAAGGGGCGGGCGCUAGAAGGCGGAGUGCGGUUCCGGAGCUCGCCGCUGAUUGGCCAGCGUGACGACAGCUCUUGCUCGGUAUAUAAUGUGUGAAUGUGCCGCGGUGAGCGGCACCUUCACGCUGCCUGUCCAAAAAGAAAGAAGUCAGACCGAAUAUGAGCGACUGAGAAGCCGGGAAACGACAAGACAAACCCCGGCCGCUUCUUCGUGGAAAGUCUCUUGUUCACCAGGAGCUACGUGACCAGCAAACACCGUCAGCAUGGAGCUUUGCGACAAAGAAAUAGUUUCUGGAGAGAUCCUGCCUGUGGUGAUUAUUGGCAACGGCCCAUCAGGGAUCUGCCUGUCCUACCUGUUGUCGGGCUACACCCCCUACCUAUCACCUGAGGUGUCCCACCCCAACCCGCUGCUGCACAGCAAGCUAGCUGAGCAUCCUCGCCUGUCGCUACUAGAGCAGGACCUGGAAUACCUGUGCGAGGGUCUGCAGGGACGGUCGUCCAACCCGGUGGCCGUGCUCUUUGAUUCGCUGCUGCUCCCCGACAGCGACUUUGGACUGGACCACACGUCUCCGCUGGAGUGGCGAUACGAGCCCGAGCGUGCAGUGCCUCACUUGGUCCUGGGAAAAGGUCCGCCUGGAGGAGCCUGGCAUGCGAUGGAAGGCUCCAUGCUAACGCUGAGCUUGGCCAACUGGAUGGAGCUGCCAGGACUCAAACUAAAGGAUUGGAUGAAAGACAAACGAAGAAACGUCCGCAACGACCGUGCCACACCAGCAGAGAUCGCCUCCUACUACGAGCACUACGUCUCCCAGAUGUCACUGGAGAACAACUUUGCCUGCAGGACCAGCGUUACCUCGGUAACCAGGCAGCCCAGCAGCCAGGAGGGGUCACCUCCCUGCUGGAGAGUCAAGGGACUGCAGUGCCGCCAGGGAGAGGACCUUGGAGAUGGUUCCACAUUAGAGAAGGUGCCUUUCUCCCUGUUGGCCCACAAUGUUGUCCUGGCGACUGGGACUCACGACAUCCCGGCCAGACUGGGCGUGGAGGGCGAGUCCCUGCCCUUUGUCUGCCACUCCUUCUGGGAGCUAGAGGGCGCCAUCUCCCGCGGCGAGUUGGAUGAGUCCUCAGACCCGGUGCUGGUGGUGGGGGCGGGUCUAACGGCGGCCGACGCUGUGCUAGCAGCCCACCAUCUCAGUACGCCUGUCUACCACGUCUUCAGGCGCUCUGUGACCGACCCUGGCCUCAUCUUCAACCAGCUGCCCAAAAUGCUCUACCCGGAAUACCACAAGGUUCACCAGAUGAUGAUGCAGCAGCAGCACGAAGCUAGUUCUCCUCCUCAGUACCAUCUCAACUCCUCCUCCCCGCCCUCAUCCUCCUUGUCCUCGUCCUACGCUGGCUACCUCAGCUUUCCCCGUCACAGAGUUGUAGCCUUCCGCCCUGACCACAAGUGUGUGCUGCAGUCUGACUCGGGCCAGUCUACAGUGGUCCAGGUUUCCAAGGCGCUGGUCCUAAUUGGAGCCCACCCCAACCUGUCUUUCUUGGCUGAUGAUGGGCGUCCACUGGGCGUCUACCCUGAAGAGCCCAUCACAUGCCGGAGGAACCCGAUCGACGUGGACCCCUUCACCAAUGAGGUGGUGGCAGCCGAGGGUCCGGGCCUGUACGCCAUGGGCCCGCUGGUGGGAGAGAACUUUGUGAGGUUCCUGAAGGGAGGGGCCCUGGCCAUUGCUAGUGACUUGGCCAAGAGACAGAGGCAAGGAAGGGACACGGGGGAGGGUUUUUUGUCCUCAGACAGACUGGCGUACAAGUGGGUGGACAGACGGCCCAUCACACAGACGCAUGCUGAGGUUGCACGUUUAUAGCAACUUUCCUGGUGACUUUCUGUACGGCAAAGUAAAUUUGCAUCCUGCACACAAGCUGCGUGGUGAAGACAAAUCUAGAGGAGACAGAUUGCAAUUAGGACAUCCUGCCUUAUUUUAACCUCCAUGACUUUAUGACCUGUCUACAGGGACAUUUUUUUAUACGCGAUGUCAUCUAGUGGAUGAUAUUCUGUCUUUUAUUUUUUUUUACUCAUUUUACAUGAGCAACUGCUAAAUAAGGACCAACUUUAACAACCUCACUAACUUUCUAUAUGGAUUGUCCAUAAAAUGCAAGUAUGUCAUGUGACCUCAGCAUAUGUCGGUCCAAACUGAGCAGCAACAUUGAAACAACCAAAGUUCCUUUUUUUGUACAAAUAUUUAACUUUAUUCGUAUUAACAUCUUUGUACAUGUACAAUUAUAUUUUUGCUUUUUUGUUUUUUUUUUAAAGACCAAAGUCAUGAUUUGACACUGAAUGACACAUUUUUACUCUUUUAUCUGUGUUCAUUAAUAAGAUCACAUCAUCAGUGAUGUAAUUCUAACAUGUUCUCUGAGAAAUUACGACAAGUUCUCUCCCACCCUUUUCACCUGGAAAAGGUGUCAUCCCUGAGUGUCAGGGAUGAGAUCCUGCCCCAAGUGGAGGUGUUUAAGCCCUGCACGCAUGGGGUCUUGCUCACAAGUGAGGGAAGAAGGAUGAAACGCAUGGAUUGUUGCGGUACCUGCAGUGAUGAGACUCUGCAUCCGUCCGUUGUGGUGAAGAGGGAACUGAGCUGAAAAGCAAAGCUCUCAAUUUACUUGUCAGUCUAUGUUACUCCCCUCACCAAUGGUCAUGAGCUUUGGGUAAUGACCGCAAGGACAAGAUUGUGGGUACAAGCAGCCGAAAUGAGUUUUGUCCGUAGGGUGUCUGGGCUCUCCCUUAGAGAUAAGAUGAGAAGCACUGUUAUCUGGGAGAAACUCUGAGUAGAACAACUGCUGCUCCGCCACAUUGAGAGGUGAGGUGGCUCGGGCAUCUGGUUAGGAUGCCUCCCUGGGGAGGUGUUCAGGGCAUGCCUGACCAGUAGGAGGCCACAAGGAAGACCCAGGACAUGUUGGAGAGACUCUGUCUUUCAGCUGGUCUGGGAACGCCUCGGGAUCCGCUGGACGAAGUAGCAGGGGAGAGGGAAGGCUGGGCUUCCCAGCUUAGGUUGCUACUGCUGUGACCCGACCUGGGGUAAGCGCAAGAAGAUGGAUGGAUGCAUGGAUGUUCUCUACUCCAAAGUUGCACCACAAACCCAAAGUUCUGCAAAUUCCCAAAUUGACCCAGAAAAGUCAAAUACUACUGUAAAAAAAGUGCAUCUAAUCGUUAAGUCUUUACAGGGCCAGGCACCAUAUUUGAUUAUAACACUUGAAAGCAGUAGCUCCUAGCCAAUCAGCAACGGAGGUAAUGAUAAUACCUAAUACUAAAACAUUUAAUGUAAUGAAAUAAAGGUAGAUAGCAAUAAACAUGGCAAAGGUUACUGAGCUAAACAGAUUUCCAGCUAUUUUAGUGGGUGUCCUAUAAAGGAUUUGGUGUUAUUUUCAUAUUAUGUACAAUAUCGGUUCCUGACGAACCCUGCAUCUCUUUUUUUUUUAAUAAAAAUAAAAUUAGCUGAACGGAAUCAACCAGGAAAUGUUUUUGACCUGAAUGAUCAUGGACUAAAAGUAAUAAUUAACUGUACCGGGGUACAAAGGACAGGAGGGCAAUUAUUGACUGCGCUUAAUGAUUUAUUUCGCUUGCUGUCUGAUCAUUCCGACACACGAAUACAACUUCCUAUGGGCAUGUUCAUCACCAAAGAUGACCAAAAACACAAUUUUACAUAUUUACAUUUGAUUUAAUUAUUCAUUGUGUUUGAUGUGUUGUUGCUUGUUUGAAUCUGACAUUCAUUCGCAAUCAUUUGUGCAAGGAUCCAGCGGUGCCUUCCAAGCCUGUAAACAUUAUGUCAACCAUUUUACAUCAAUUAACUUAAUAAAACAAUUAUUAAAGUGUACCGUACAGAUUGGUCAUGCGUAUGUUUGUAUAUGCUACUUAAGUCGGAUCAUGUCAAU